AUGGUGGGAGAAAUGAUUGAAGAAAGGGUCAAGGCCAGUGAUAUUUUGAUUGCUAUAAGGAAACACAACUCAACCAACUUGACUAGAAUUAAACAGAUUUACAAUGAGAAGCAAGCAUACAACAGGUCGAAGAGGGGAUCGUUGACCGAGAUGCAACACUUGAUGAAGUUGUUGGAAGAACACAAAUACGUACAUUGGUCUAGGGUGCAGGAUGGUACUGAUGUGGUCAGAUCUUUGUUUUGGGCACACCCCGAUUCCAUUCACUUGUUCAAUGAGUUUCCUCAUGUUGUGAUUAUGGAUAGUACAUACAAGACCAAUAGGUACAAGAUCCCUUUACUUGAGAUGAUGGGGGUUACGUCGACAAAUUUGACAUACUCCAUUGCUUUUGCGUACAUGGAGAAUGAGCAAAAGGAUGAGGUUGUUUGGGCUGUGAAUAGAUUAAAAGACUUGAUCAUUAAUGAGGACCUUGAUAUACCAAGGAGUGUAUUCGCCAGUGGUCUGAAAAGGGAAAGCAGCUUCUUCCGACAGAUGGCAAAUGUGAUCAUUCCAGUGCGCAAAUCGACGAUCACACUCCCGGCACGUAACUGA